AAUGAUUUUUUGACGAGCUAUCCAAUCAACUCGGAUCUUCCGAACCAACCACCACCAUGGCCAAACUCUUCGUCGCGUUCUUCGCCCUCCUCGAGAUUUCCUCCCUGACACAAGCAGCCAUCACCAGCCAGGAGGUGAACCGAGUUCUCGUGGCUACCGGUUACCCCCAGAUCGACGCCACUGUGUCCACAAUCGUCACCAACGGCAUCAACGGGAUGACCACGAACCGUAACGAGGCCGCCAUGUUCCUGGGGCAGGUCAUCCACGAAAGUGGUGGUUUCAAGUAUCGGGAGGAGAUUGGUGGCGCGAGUCGGAACUACGCCCCGUACUAUGGACGUGGGUAUAUCCAGUUGACGUGGGACUACAACUAUCGGGCUGCUUCGCGGGAUAUCUUCGGUGAUGAGCGUUUGAUGCGCGAUCCGGGAAUGGUAUCACGUGAUUUGAACCUGUCGAUGCGGGUGUCCACGUGGUUCUGGGUGAAGAAUGUACGGCCGGCCGGUGGAGUCAGUCAGAACAACUUUGGGCUUACGACAAAGGCUAUAAAUGGAGCGCUUGAGAGUGGAUCGAACAAUCCGGUGGCCAUUAGGAGGUAUAACCUGUACAGGACGGCUGCUCAGGUUUUGGGGAUUAGGAACGUCGCCAUCAAUCGAUUCUAGGCGACGUAUUUAAGUGAUUUUUGCUGAGCUACUGUACCAUGUAAUUCAAAAUAAUAUCAAGUUAUAACUUUCUUAUCUCUAGUUAAACAUUUUAUUUGUGUUUUAAUCGUAUUAUAGCAGAGGAAGCCGGUUAGAAUCUCGCCCAAAUCUAUAAUACCUUGACAAACUGCAGCGUUUACUGACAAAAUCCAAUAGUUUCCAAGGCUACCCCGGAGUUUAUGAGGGGGUUAUUU